AUGUCCGCGUCUGCGUCUGCGUCUGCCGCCGCCCUGCCUCGCCUGCCCGUCUUCGAAGCCGUGGCCCGGCACGAUGCCGCCUCCCUCGCCGUGGUCCACUCGCUGUCUGGCCGCCGCUUCGCCUACGGCCAGCUGCUGGGCGACGUGCGCCGAGCCCGGCAUCGGCUGCUCGAGGCGCGGGGGAGGGGCCAAGGCGAGGAUCUCGACGGCGAGAGGGUCGCCUUUCUGGUAGAGAAUAGCUACGACUACGUAGUCACCUUCCUGGCCAUCCUCGCCGCCCGCGCCAUAGCCGUGCCGCUGUCUCCUGCCUUUCCCAUCCCCGAGCUGGAGUAUGUCGUCAACCACAGCGAGGCAUCGCUGCUCGUCUCGUCGCCCAAGUUCGCCUCCAAGGCCCAGCAGGUCCUGGCCGCAGACCUGACGUCCAAGCCAACCUACGUGGAGAUACCCAAGCACAUUGAAAGUGCUGUCGCAGACGGCGAGCAUGUCCCCCUGGAAGACGAUCUCAACCCGGGCCAAGCAGGCCUCAUGCUCUACACAUCGGGCACCACCAACAAGCCGAAAGGCGUCCUGCUCCCCCAGUCCGUCCUAACCGCCCAGGCCCGCUCCCUCCAUGAGGCCUGGGAAUACUCUCCCGCAGACCACCUCCUGCACCUCCUGCCCCUGCACCACAUCCACGGCGUCGUCAACGCCAUCCUCACCCCCCUCAUCGCCGGCUCCUCCAUCGAGUUCAUGUUCCCCUUCAACGCAGACGCAGAGAAAAUCACCUUCUUCACCGCCGUCCCAACGAUAUACAGCCGCCUCCUCAACACCCACAAGUCCCUCCCCGCCGACGUCCGCGCCGCCUCCCGGGAAGCCAUCUCCCCGCACAACCUCCGCCUCAACAUCUCGGGCUCCGCCGCCCUCCCCACCCCGGUCAAGUCCGCCUGGGCCUCCCUCAGCAACGGCAACGUCCUCCUCGAGCGCUACGGCAUGACAGAGGUCGGCAUGGCCCUCUCCUGCGGCCUCUCCUUCGCCGACCGCGUCGACGCCUCCGUCGGCUGGCCCUUGCCCUCCGUCCAGGCCCGCCUCGUCGACGUCGACUCGGGCGAGCUCAUCCCCCUGGGCCAAGACGUCGAUGCCCAAGGCCGCGAGCGAUCAGGCGAGAUCCAACUCCGCGGCCCAACAAUCUUCAAGGAGUACUGGCGCAACCCCUCCGCCACGGCCAAGGAGUUCACGCAUGCUGAUCCCGACGAUGGCCUCGGCCCCUGGUUCAAAACAGGCGACGUCGCCGUCCGCCGCCCCGUCCCCACCGCAGGCCUCAACUCCCUCCGCCAGCCCUGGGCCCACGGCCCGCUCUACUUCAUCCAGGGCCGCAAGUCCGCCGACAUCAUCAAGACGGGCGGCGAAAAGGUCAGCGCCCUCGAGGUCGAGCGCGAGCUCCUCUCCCUCCCGCAGGUCGCAGAGGCCGCCGUCGUCGCCGUCCCCAGCGGCUCCUGGGGCCACAAGGUCGGCGCCGUCGUCGUCCUCGACCCGGCUGCCGUCCCCGACGACGGCCGCAAGUGGUCCGCCCUCGACAUGAGGCGCGCCCUCAAGCCCAGGCUCGCAAACUACAAGAUCCCGCAGGUCAUGAAGGUCGUCGACAGCAUCCCCCGCAACGCCAUGGGCAAGAUCAACAAGAAGCAGCUUGUCAGCGCCGUCUUUGCCGAUGAGCAUAGCGGCGAUGAGGCUGCCUAG